UGAAUGAAAGAAGGUGAAAAGAUAUAUCUUUUUACUCAGUUAAGCGUUUGCCAAUUUUCUCAGCUAUUGACUAUAAAGUUCGAAGCCUGAAACCGAGAAAUUUUAAAACUGCGUCUGAAGUGACAAAAAUUUUCCCCAAGGAGACGAAACUUGGGCAACUGGACUAUAUAGUACAUACAUGGUCAUGGUCACACACGACAGCAGGAAGAAGCUGUCCAAUUUGCUGAGGCAUUGCUUGGUUAAAAAAAGUUGAUAUAAACAAAUGUCAGUCAACGUCAGAGCCUUCAAGAUUUUUAUUUUUCAUGAAGUUUCUUUUUUCCGAUCCGACUUUUUGCAGUCAGUAAAGUUUUGUGUUUUGUGGUGGUGUCAUUAAAUUUUGCGGAAAAUUAUAUUUUUAAAGACAAAAAUGGCUGACUACGAAACUAUAGUAGUCGGCAUGGGCGCCGCGGGUACGACAGCUGCCUCAACGCUAGCACAGAAUGGUGUUAGAGUUUUAGCCCUGGAAGCAAUGGACCGGAUCGGAGGAAGAGUGCACACUGUGCCCUUCGGAGACGGGGUUGUUGAAAUGGGUGCUGAGUGGAUCCACGGCACGUCUCCAAGCAGAACGUACGACCUGGCCACAAAGCACGGGGUGAACCUGACGGAGCAGGACGUCUCCUUGGAGGUGUUCACGUCAGACGGUAACAGAGCCAACAGCAGCCUCAUCAAUGAGCUGUUUGAGUUGGCAAUCGGGUCGGUCAAUGAUCUGGUCAAUGUUGAUGAGCCGAUGGGCGUCUUUCUUACGAGGAAAAUAAUGGACUACCUCAAAGAACACCACCCAUCCGUCCUAGAAGACAAGGACUUCAUAGCGGAAUUCCUGAACCUUCUGGACCUGAUAAUAGGAAACUACGAGGCCAGUAACAGCUGGAACGACGUCACCACCGCCAGCAACUACCAGGAGCUGGACGGCCACCAGCACGUCAGCUGGGGCUCCAGCGGAUACAAGACACUGUUCGACAUACUGUUAAAUAAAUACAAUAACGGCCCCGGUCUCCCGUCGCUAACAAUAAAACUGAAUAGCGAGGUCACAAAUAUAGCAUACUCCAACGACCCAAGUAAAAAGGUCACAGUUACCACGGCAGAUGGCACCACAUACACUGCGGACAAUGUUAUAGUGACAGUUUCUUUAGGCGUUUUGAAAGCGAGGCAUAAAGAGCUAUUCACACCGAGCUUGUCACAACCAAAAACAAUAGCCAUAGACAAGUUAACCAUAGGCGUAAUGGACAAAAUUCAGUUUUUAUUCGCAACAGCCUGGUGGCCCAAGGUUAAGCCUGCAUUCUUUGGUUUCCUCUGGGACGGCGUGGCGAGGAAGCGGUUGACCGAGGGAGACAAUUGGUUGACUAGAGUGUUUGCCGCGAGCACGCCGAUGGGUUGCGGGCAAGCUUUGACGUUUUGGACUAGCGGGGAGGUUGGGAAGUUGGUAGAGACGAUGCCAGAAGAUAUAGUGAGGACGAAGCUGAUGGGUCUACUCAGGAUGUUCAUGGGCAAGGAUGUUGAUGUUCCGGAGCCCAUCGCAAUGAAGAGGUCGACGUGGUUCCACAACCCCUUCACCAGAGGAAGCUAUACAUACGACAACAUUCUUGCGCCGAAGUACCCCACGGCAAGGUCGGAUCUCGCUGCACCCAUCACGGACUCGGAUGGCAACCUGAGGGUGCUAUUCGCUGGUGAAGCUACCGACCAGCACCACUUCUCAACGGUCCACGGCGCUACCGACACGGGUCACAGGGAGGCCGCGAGAAUACUUGAAAGGAGGGUUAGGAGUCAUCUGUGAACGUUUUUAUGACGUCAUAAGAGUAGAUAGUGUUGAUGUGACCGAUAAAUAUAUAUGUGUAGGUAUAUAUUCACUAGCUGUCCCGGCAAACGUUGUUUUGUAAUAUAUACAUACAUAAAAAUCACGCCUCUUUCCCGUAGGGGUAGGCAGAGACUACCUUUUUCCACUUUCCACCACCACGAUCUCUGCAUACUUCCUUCGCUUCAUCUACAUUCAUAACUCUCUUCAUGCAAGCUCGCCGGUUUCGGGUACGCUUGACCUGACCCUUUGCCAGGACGUCCUUAAUUUGAUCAAGAUACGUAUGAAAUUUAUAUAAUUAUGUAUUCAAAUAUAUAUAAUUAACAUUUCGGAGGAGUACGAGAACGAACAUUGUUACACGGCUUGACCGAUUCUCAUGAAAUUUUGUGAGCAUAUUGAGUAUCUAAGUCUGAGAAUCGGCCAACAUCAAUUUUUUGUCCAUCCUUAGCAUUUUUUUUAACUAGAAAUUACUUUUCUUUAAUUAUUAUAUAUGGCAAAAUAACGUUUGCCUGGACACCUAGUAUUACUAUAUAAAAUUUGAAUAUUUAUUUUUGUAAUAAAAUAUACAAUACAAUUCGUAUAAAUAUAUAGCCAAUUUUUUGCUACCAAUUUUUGUAACAUUGUAAAUGUAAGAUGAAUUGUAAAAUAUUUAUAUUUUUCCGUAAAGUGUUGUAUCGCUUUUUUUAAUAUUAAUAUAUUAUACCAAUUGCCAUAGACAUAUGCAUUUAAAAAAUGUGCCAUUGUCGACGAUUUUUUAACAAGAUUACAUAAAAAAAUUAAGGUUUGAAGUCGAUAUGCAUAUAAUUGUGAAUAACGAAAAAUCAUUUGUUGAUAUGAAAAAUAAUAUACAUAUAAUUUUAUUUAUGCUUUUUAGAAAUCACUAAUUUAUUAUUAAAAUCAUUAUGCGUAUUGCUUUUUAUGCGUAUCGACUCCACACCGGUAUUAAGUACAAAAUAUUGUCAUAGUCAACUAAACUGCACAUUUUUUCCCAAUAAAAAUGCGUAGAAAGUUUUUUUACUUGUCUUUCAAGUUUUCAUAUAUUUAACUAAUUGGGAAAAAUAUAUAAAUAUAUGUACACGGGGUCACGACCACUAGUCUAGACUAAACUUAACAUUGUGUUGGUUGAAUUAAGCGUUAUCAUUAUGGUUGGUCGCAUACUCGUAUAAGGUAAAAUAUUUAUUGACCGCAGAAGUUCUUCCAAAUAAUGUUAUUAUUUGUUAUAUAUUGUGAUUGUUAUAUUUACCUAUGUAAUGCAUUGAAAUGUUGUAUUGUUUGUACCAUAGUUUAUACUUUUGCUACACACAAUAAAACGAU